GAGGGUGGGGAGAGAGAAAAGGGCCUCGCCGGUGACGUCAUCGCGCGGCGUAUCCAAUCCUGAAGGACCCCGCGCCCUUUUCGAACGCCGGCUGCAGAGGCGAAAAGGGGAUUGGCGCGCUCAAGAUGCCGCCGAGGGGGGCGGGGUUACUUUUUCCCGCGGAGAAAGAAGCGCCUCUCGCUGAUUUUUGUCCUUCUGUCCCCACCGUUUUCUCCAGCGGCUGCCCGGUCCGGCGGUAACCAUGGCAACUCCUCCUAAGCGGCCCCGGGCCGAGAGCGGCAUCAAGAAAAUCGCUAUCGAAGGCAAUAUCGCUGCAGGAAAGUCUACUUUUGUCAGUAUUCUCAAAGAAGCCAGCAAAGACUGGGAAGUUGUUCCAGAACCAGUCGAAAGAUGGUGCAAUGUUCAGACCUGCCAGGAUGUCUGUGAGGAGCUGACAGCUUCGCAGAAGAGUGGUGGCAACUUACUCCAGAUGAUGUACGAGAAGCCAGAAAGAUGGGCCUUCACUUUCCAGGCUUAUGCCUGUCUGAGCAGAAUUCGAGCUCAGCUCAACUCUCUGGAGGGGAAGCUCAAAGAAGCUGAGAAUCCCGUAGUCUUCUUUGAGAGAUCUGUUUACAGUGACAGGUAUAUUUUUGCAUCUAGUCUGUAUGAGUCUGACUGUAUGAACGAAACUGAGUGGACUAUUUACCAAGAUUGGCACAAUUGGAUGAAUCAACAGUUUGGACCACAUCUUGAACUGGAUGGCAUUAUUUAUCUCCGAGCUACUCCUGAGAAAUGCUUGAAUAGGGUUUAUGUGCGUGGAAGGGAUGAAGAACAAUCCAUUCCUAUCGAGUAUCUGGAAAAACUUCAUUACAAACAUGAAAGCUGGCUUCAGCACAAAACAUUACGAACGGAUUUUGAAUAUUUGCAAGAGAUACCGAUUCUAACACUAGAUGUGAACGAAGACUUCAAAGGCAGCAAAGACAAGCAGGAAAAUAUGAUUGAAAAGGUCAAAGAAUUUUUGAGCACUUUACAGCCUUUCAAGAAAGCACACUGACCAUUCCAAAUAUUCCUAUUACUUUUUUCAUCACCAAUUCUGAUUUUGCUUAAUGUCUCCAAGGGCAAGAUUCAACUUUGUUUCAAUGCUGAAUAUUGUACUGAUCUCAUGUUACGUUUUUCAUAAAGUUUUCUACUUAUCUGCUGGUGCUCAAACCUCUUCCAUGAAGUAUUUGCUGAGAACGGCAAAAUAAUCUGAUAUAACACAGUACAGUUCUGGGAUUCCUGUGGAAAUACAUGGCAUUCAGUGAAAAGCUGGUAAAAUCACAGGUUUCUCUAAAACUGCUCUUGGGACAUUUGAAUGGUUUCUCGGGUAUCCUUCGUGCAUAUUUAGAUGUUGAUUAGCACACUCCUAUCUGGGGGACCACACCACAGAACGGAGGCUCCUGCCUAUAGAGGGGCAUGUAUAUGUGAUACAGGAUGCCAAAGCUGCAUUAUGUCCAACACAACAUGCUUAUCCAAGAAUGAUGCAUUUUUAAAAUCCCUGUGUAAGUUAGCCAUAUCAAUAGAAAAGCUUUCUUGAAUGGAAUGGAUAUUUUGAUAGAAAUUAAGGUUGUUCUUUUAUGGCAGCCUUCCUUGCUUUUCUAAGAUACCUCUUUUGUCUGCUUCUGGUAGAGUAACAUUAUCAAAAAUUGUUUGUAAGCAUUUGACCAUCUAAAGAAAUGGUUUCAACUAGUCAUAUACACUGAUUUCUUACAGACUUGAAGUUGUAGCUUGAUCAUACAGCCCCCUUCAGCCUAAAGCAAAAGCUUUACGUAGAAAACCUUAGCCACAAGAAUAUGUCAGUUAGGAUUUUCCACCAUGCUCCUAAACAUUUUAAAUGAAAAAAUUGAGGGUGUGUGUGUUGCUGAAUAACUUCUUCAUAUUAGAACUGCUUCCUGAAUUAUUACUGAAUAUAUUUUAUGAGUAUCGUCUCCCAUUUCUCAUGAAGUCUGCUUUAUAUUGGUUUUGUAGGGACCUGUUGCGGCGGAAGCUGUCAAAAUGGGCAAAAUUAGUAGUCAGGAGACAAAGUGGAAGUUGGAUUGUGGUCAAAUUGCUGAGCUGGUUUGAAUGUGUAAGGUUCACAUAUUCCUGGCAUCUGAUUACUGCCUUGUUGACAUUUACUGUUUUUUAUAUAUCUUUGAAUUUGCCACUUACAUGCAGAGAUGAUCUGAAGUUUUAAAUAAAGUGUGUGCCCUUUGUUUGAAGAAAUGAGACAAUGGACAGUCAUGUUUUCAUCCCACCUUUUAAUCUACUAAUUGUGGGAAUAUCAUCUCUUGUUCAUUUUGAAUCUCCAUAGAAUAGUAAAAAGUGAGCCCCUGGCUUAACCACAUUUUAAAUUAUUUUUUGUAGAAAUGAUUUUUUUUAAAUAUUAAAAGUAUCAGAUUAUUUCACCGGUUGUAAAUGGAUGCAAUGUUUUAAUAUGAUGUCAUCUUUAUCUAGACAUAGUUUACUUCAGCAGGACCUUUCGCAUCCAAGGUUGCAUUGUGUUACUGCUGACCGUUUUGUGUGAUCAUGUUGGAAAAUUUUGUUAGCUGAAAUAAAUAUAGAAGUGUCCCA